UGAAACUCUUAAGACUCCAAGAGCGGAUCUGCUUAUCAGAUACGGAGUAGGUAGAACGAACACUUUUUUUCUGGCUUCCUCUUUCCCACUCACUGUUUUGGUACUGCGUACUCCGUACAAGUUACUCCCCGUUGUCUACUCACUCUCUGCACUUCUCUUCCAGAUUUUCCCCUUUCUUUUCAUUCCCUCCUUUUUUUUCUGUUUCUGAAACUCGCAUAAUAUAUGUCAUACACGUCAUGUCUGCUCCGAUCUCCAUUCUCAACCAACCACAUCCCCCCGCUCUCGAUCCAUUCCGCACCGUCCUUCCCCCGGUGCUGACCCGGUUGCUGCACCACCCUAAUUACUUUCCCAUUCGCACUUGGUCCCGUAUCUUCAAGUCCGACUCAGGCGAGGAUGGCUAUUUUGCCAGUACACUUGCCUCACCGUCGACAAUUCCCCAUGUCUGUACCCUUCGUCGUCAGCCGGAGCUGCUCGCAUCCCUCCCCGAUGCUGCUCCCAGCUGGCCCACUCCCACCUCGGUAUCUCAAAUGGAGGACCCGGAUCUCUACUUAAUACUGCAGCUUGCCACGCCCGGGGUAUCUGGGCAUCCGUCUACCGCUCAUGGCGGUCUUUUGGCAACUUGUAUCGACGAGGCCAUGUCCUAUGCCGUCGCAUUGCAUGCUCCUGAAACAGGCGCCGCUGGGGCUCUCUCCGCCCACCAUCCGCGUUGCAUGCUAUACACUGCCCAGCUGGACAUUCGGUAUCGCGCCCCCGUCACGGUACCAGGUUAUGCGCUCGUUCAAGCCAAAGUCCUGGCUCGGGUAGGCCGCAAGUUCUGGGUACAUGCUCAAAUUCUGCAGCCAGACGAAGCGCCUGAGGGCCAGCUCAGUGUCACUACCGAUGCAAUUGCCUUCUGGCUGCAAACGAAGGCAUCUUUGUGAAUUGGAGCCGCAUCCGAGAUGAGAGCAGGUUCUCGCGCAUUCAACAGCCUUUCGGCAGACUAUGAUGCCGCUUAUGUUCUUGCAUAUAGCUAUAUGUAUUAUGUAUAUCGCUGUUUAACCAUUGAGUCAGCAUAAACUCACUAUGUCCAUCAGUCGAAAUACUCUUUACAUGCUUGCACUGGUACCUUCCCCUUGAAGAAAGUUCUACAGCUUUGAUCUAUUUCCUAGAUUGCGACUGGCACUUACCACCAAACCCACUUGCGUCGCCAUGGCCACCACUUGCCCCGUUGCGUCUAAUAUGAUCACCCCCAGAUCCGUCCGACCUUCCCGCACCGAGACCGUUUGCACUCGA